ACACACACACACACUCCCUCCCUCACACCGUCUCUAGCCAUCAGCAGCGUCUGUCGGCUGCAUCCUCUGCUGUAGCAGCGGCUCCUCAUUCCUCCCCUGCGUCGUCUGCAUCUGACAUCCCGACCGCAGGAGUCUUUUGUGUCUCCACGGGGGCCAUUGUUGUUCCUCCUUGUCUGGAUAAAGAGCAGCACCAUGGACAUGAUGGGGAACAGAGAGCGACGAGGCGUGAAUUUCAAAGGCUUGCUGAGGAGGAACUGGCUUCUGAUUGCCACGGUUAUAUCAGUGCUGCUCGGGAUCAGUUUGGGCGUCGUGGUCAGAGAGUAUGCGUCCCUGUCUCAUCUCCACAAGCAGUAUUUUGGCUUCCCAGGAGAGAUCCUCAUGCGGAUGCUGAAGCUUGUCAUCCUCCCGCUCAUCAUUUCAAGCAUGAUAACAGGUGUCGCAGCCCUGGACUCUGAGGUAUCAGGAAAAAUCGGUUUGCGAGCUGUUAUAUAUUACUUCUCAACAACCAUCAUUGCAGUUAUUCUCGGCAUUAUCUUGGUGAUGACCAUCAAGCCGGGAGUCUCUCAGACAGCUGAUCACAUUGACAGAACUGGAACCACGCCCAACGUCACAACAGUUGAUACCCUCUUGGACCUCGUCAGAAACAUGUUUCCAGAAAAUCUGGUGCAGGCUUGUUUUCAGCAGUACAAGACCAAGCGCAAAGAACUUGAGCCUCCGAAAGCUCCAGCAGACACCACCACGAUUCCGCCUCUCACAACUACUAUCAUGGCAGUGGUUGAGAAUAUAACCAAGGAAUAUCAAAUCAUUGGGACAUAUUCGGAUGGAAUCAACGUUUUGGGGCUUAUCGUGUUCUGCGUUGCCUUUGGCCUUGUCAUUGGGAAGAUGGGUGAAAAGGGCCGUAUCCUCCUGGAAUUUUUUGAUGCUCUUAAUGAGGCAACCAUGAAACUGGUCCAGAUCAUUAUGUGCUACAUGCCAGUAGGGAUCCUGUUCCUAAUUGCCGCUAAGAUCAUUGAGGUGGAAGACUGGGAGAUCUUCAAGAAGAUGGGUCUUUAUAUGGUGACGGUGCUGAGUGGUUUAGCUAUCCACGCCACCAUCUGUCUGCCACUCAUCUUCUUUGUCAUUGUGAGGAAGAACCCGUAUACAUUCACACUGGGAAUGGCUCAGGCCUUGGUGACAGCACUCAUGAUCUCCUCCAGCUCCGCCACCCUGCCCGUCACCUUCCGAUGUGCCGAGGAGAACAAUCGUAUCGACAAGCGGAUCACCCGCUUCGUCCUCCCCGUCGGUGCCACCAUUAACAUGGAUGGCACAGCGCUGUAUGAGGCGGUGGCUGCCAUCUUCAUCGCCCAGCUGAAUGACUAUGCCCUGGAUGUGGGCCAGAUUGUUACCAUCAGUAUAACAGCAACGGUAGCCAGUAUUGGAGCAGCAGGAGUCCCUAACGCUGGGCUUGUCACCAUGGUAAUAGUCCUAACAGCUGUUGGAUUACCUGCAAGUGAUGUCACUCUAAUCGUGGCUGUGGAUUGGCUGCUGGACCGGUUCCGUACGAUGAUCAACGUUCUUGGCGAUGCUUACGGAGCGGGAAUUGUUCAGAAGCUAUCCAAGAGGGAACUGGAGAGGAUGGAUCUGACAUCAGAUGUGGACGUCGCUAACCCCUUCGCUCUGGAAGCCACUUUGGAUGACGAUGAGUGCGAGAAGAAAUCCUACGUCAAUGGAGGCUUCACCGUCGAUAAGACAGAUGCAAUCUCCUUUACUGAAACCUCCCAGUUUUAGACUCUGGCGGGCUCAGAGGAGCAGAGAAAGUGCCACGCUGCUAUGGAUGUGAAAUGGAAAAUCCAUCAUGUAUCAGAGCCAUGACGAGAGAUGAAAUCUAUCCAACCAGACCCAUCCACGCUCAGACAUCAGCAAUAGCAGCCUCCAUUCAGCUUAUCCAAGAUGAUCACCUUCCAUGUCGGACAUUUACAACCACGACUAGAUAAAAAGUGCUUCCUUCUUAAGCUCAAAUUGUGCCAAGAUUAAGAAAAGUCUGUUUUCUUUUAAGUAAGAGCGUGUUCUUUCAUGCAAAGAUGCAUUCAAAACAAGAGCUCUGUGUGUGUGUGUGUGCGUGUGCUCACGUAUGAAGACCUUUUUUGGAUGUGUCCAUGGUGUGUAUGUAUUUUACGAUAAAGAAAAUGUCAAUUGAACUCAAGUAACAACAAAAAUCUGAAUGUGAAACUUUGAUCUGACUUCAUUUGCUCCUUGAUUAGCCAACAAUUCACUGAAAUGUCUGAAUGAUCUUUUUGGUGUGGCUGUUGUUGAAUGUCCAUGUCCCAUAAUGCACUGCUUGUAUAUCUAUCUAUAUCUGUAUAUUUAAACUGUGCCAAACAUAUGAAGAGGUUUUCCACCAAGUUGCAUGAAGCAAUAUGUUAAAGAAAUGUUAAUCGCUGGCUGCAGACCGAUGUUUUUAUGGAGACUUCACAGAGACUGGAGGUUGCUGACGAAGGCUCGUGAAGUCAUUGAACACUGUGAAAUUUGAGGACAUUUUUUCAGAUCCAAAUCACUAACUUGCAUUGAUUCUUUGCAAAGUAUAAUGAUUAUAAAAAAAAAUUGUCUGUGUUUGAAAAGAAAGAGGUGAAAAUGUGUGAGCAUUACAUAUCCUAAAAUGUUCCUAACUGAAUUGUCACUUAAGGGAUUUAUGUCACUAAUCAGAGUGUCUUUUUGCUACUAUAUUUUCACUGUGUUAUAGUUUGGAAAUAUGUUUAAAUGCUCUUAAACCAA